AUGCCACCGCCUCAGGCGCGCUCAGUGGCUCCAGAGACAUUCUUGCUCGACCAAGAAGCCCAGUCCAGCCUGCCUCAGGACUCGGUCGUUGCGCUGCAGCAGGUGGACAACCUAAAAUACUUCCUCAUCUCUGCACCCGUAGAUUGGAGUCCGGAUCAAUACAUCCGGCGCUUCCUGCUGCCCACGGGCGAAUAUGUGUCCUGCGUGUUAUGGAACAACCUCUUUCACAUUUCGGGGACGGAUAUCGUGCGCUGCCUGUCGUUUCGCUUCCAGGCCUUUGGACGACCUGUGAAGAACACCAAGAAAUUUGAAGAGGGCAUCUUUUCCGACCUGCGUAACCUCAAAUCCGGCACCGAUGCAUCACUCGAAGAGCCCAAAAGCCCUUUCCUCGAUUUCCUGUACAAGAACAACUGCAUUCGGACGCAGAAGAAACAGAAGGUGUUCUACUGGUACAGCGUACCCCACGAUCGCCUCUUCCUCGAUGCCUUGGAGCGCGAUCUCAAGCGGGAGAAGAUGGGCCAGGAAGCCACCACAGUAGCUGUCAGCGAACCUGCGCUCUCCUUCGAGUUUGACGCAUCUGUUUCACUCUUUGAGCAACUCACCAAGGCUCAACAGAACAACCAGUCAACGUUCAAUGCACAACCACCCUCAAUGCCGCCAUCGCAUUCGACGUCGCCAGUCUUGAGAGCUUCGGAUUCCAUGCCACCUCCGCAGAUGAUUCCGCAACAACAGCUUCCGGCGACAUCGAUGCCACAGCACAUGCAGCAAGAUAUGCCUUCAGAUCAGAUGUCUCAUGUGCCACAGUACAAUCAGAUGGCUAUGCCACCAAUGCCAUCACAAAUACAGAGAACGCGAGAACAGUCAAUGGGUCCAGUGUUUGACCGCAACGGCUUACCGAUAUCACAAGCUGGACACAGACAUAGCUCAAUGCCAGCGUAUAUGGAAUACUCGCCUGCCCCAUCUUUCGUAUCCUCGCACUUCGAAGAUUACAGUCAGCGCGGUCUGUCUUUCGAGCCACUCACGCCACCACAGCAUUCCGUCGGCAUGACCUCGGAAUCUACCUAUAUUUCGAAUGAGGACACAGGAUCGUACCCCGCCAUCCCAGACGUUGGAUUACAACAGCCAUUCAACCCGAUCAUGUCGGUGCAGCCGAAUGCCCAUGGCGCUCAUUACCCAUCCAUGAACCGACAAUACCAACCCCAGCAGGUAUACUCUGUCCUAGAGGGCUCACCAACCUACAAACAGCGUCGUCGGCGAUCAUCUCUUACCAACAAUGCAGUCAUGACAGCCGUGACAUCAGCAGGCGGCCCCACGACUCAUGCCCAUGCGCAUGCGCAUGCGGUACAUCGGCCUAGCGACUUGCGCCGAUCAAUGUCUUCAUCGGUACAGCCACAGGCCAUUCCAGAGGGACAAGAGAUGUCUUACAAUGACUCGCCGGCGAGCAUGCACACAUCGCACCAGGCCGGCCCAAUGAUGGGCGAACACAGAGAGCUGAUGGAUCUCUCACGUCACAGCACGCCGUCCCAGGCUGUUGAAGGGGCUCACGAUGAGCAGCGUGUACAUCGUCAAAUGAGCAACCUGCAACAUGAAGAUUACUCGAACUACAGCCACAGCCACAGCCACAGCCCAAACCACGACUUUCGACAUCCUUCUGCCCUGCAGCACCAUGCUGUGCAGCGCACGGCUGGUGUCUUCCGCCGAGCGCGAUCUGCCACAGCCAGCGACAUGAGUCCGUAUGCCACUAAGAGUCAUUCCUGUCCUAUUCCCAUGUGCGGCCGUCUGUUCAAGCGUCUAGAGCACCUGAAGCGUCAUGUCCGCACGCACACCCAGGAGCGGCCAUAUAUCUGCACGUUGUGUAACAAGAAAUUCUCGAGAUCAGACAACCUCGCACAGCAUAGACGCACUCACGAGACCAGUGCUGACGGAUCCGCGCCUUCUGAAGAAGAGAUGGAAGAAGAGCGCGAUGCGAUGCACGAUGCGACUGACGAGUCGGAUCCCAUCGACGACGCCUCUUAUCAGGCGAUUGCCAUGACGACGGGCAGUGAGCUUCCCGGCAUGCCUACGCAUGUUGAUAUGGGCAUGAUCUCUCACAAUGACAUGGCUGCUCCGCAAAUGGUCACGACUGGAAACGACUACCACCACUAG